CUAAAGUUCGCAAAAUGCAUAAAAAUGUAAACAUGUCAUGUCCAUGAAAUAUACAAAGAUAUCAACAUAAAUUAUUUAUUCACUAUCAGUCGCGCGUCGAGUCAGUGAGACCUAUACUUAUAAAGUGACUAUUAAACAGGACGGUUGUUUAUGCGCAGUUAGUGGCAGAUUUUUAUUUACCAUUUAAACUUUUCGAUACAAUAUUAACUAUGAUUUUAUUCUUAAUAAUCACUUCUGUAAUAUUUAUAAUAUUAAUAUCUUGGUUUAAUUUGCUAUGGGAUGCAAAAAAUUGUGAUAUAAGAGGUCCCCUACCUUUACCUUUGGUAGGUAAUGGACUUGACUUCGUCGUUAAACCAACAGAGUUUUUGAAUCUACUGCAUCGCUUUCAGCAACGUUUUGGAGAAGCUGUCCGUGUCCAUCUCUUUUCGAGUCGAUACAUUAUUUUGUAUCAUCCAAAAUACAUUGAAGGGAUAGUGUCACACUCUGAAAUUAUAACAAAAGGUCGAUCCUACUCGUUUUUACGAGCUUGGCUUGGCGAUGGACUUUUAACAUCCACAGGUGCAAAAUGGCGUUCACACCGCAAAUUCUUGACACCAGCGUUCCAUUUUAAUAUACUUCAAAAUUUCAUUCCCGUGUUUUGGAAAAACGAACAGAUCCUACGUGAUAAUUUAAUGACGUCUGCGGACGGAGACACUGAUGUGAACAUAUUCCCGCUGAUCGCUCUUGCGGCUUUGGACAAUGUGACUGAAUCAAUCAUGGGAAUGUCAUUCAAUGCUCAAAAAGACAAAGAAUCUAAAUACGUAAAGGCAAUAUCAGAAGUUAGUUCGGUCGCCGCUCUUCGAAUGCGAAAUCCGUUUAUAGCUGAAGAAACGGUUUUUAAUUUGUCGGCGUAUAGAAAAAUACAAGACAACGCUAUAAAUGUUCUUCACGCGCACACCAAGAAAGUGAUAGAAAUAAGACGAGAGGAACUUAAAAAAGCCAACAUCACAUCUCUGGCAGGUUCCACUGAUAUAGGUAUUAAAAACAAGCAUGCAUUUCUCGAUCUCCUUUUGCUAGCUGAAAUCGAUGGUCGAAAAAUCAGCGAUGAAUUAAUAAGGGAAGAAGUGGACACAUUCAUGUUCGAGGGUCACGACACGACAACGUCCGGAAUCUCCUUCACGCUUUACUGUAUAUCAAAACACAAAGAUGUUCAAGAAAAACUUUUUAAUGAACAAAAAUCUAUAUUCUCAGAUGAUUUGUAUCGGGAUGCCACGUACAGUGAAUUGGGUCAAAUGAAAUAUUUGGAACAGGUCAUCAAAGAAUCUCUCAGACUGUAUCCCUCGGUACCUUUAAUAGAAAGAAUGAUAACAAGAGACGUAGAGGUAGCAGGUUUGAAACUAAAAAAAAAUACAUCAGUUAUCGUAGACAUAUUCCAUAUGCAAAGAUUGGAAGAAUUCUACAUAGAUCCAAUGGAGUUUACACCUGAAAGAUUUGAAUCAACAGUUGUAAGGAAUCCAUUCAGUUGGCUUGCUUUUAGUGCUGGACCCAGGAAUUGUAUUGGUCAGAAGUUCGCAAUUUUAGAGAUGAAAGUUACACUCUCGGGAAUUAUACGGCAUUUUGAAUUGUUCCCUUCAAAACUGGAACCGGAACUGACAUCCGAUCUCAUUCUGCGACCAGAAAAUGGACUAUUUGUCAAACUGAGGCCACGAAAAAUUCAUUGAUUUUAUUUCUUCUUUAAUAUAAUGUGCGUUUUUUUCUUUUUUA